UCACGCCAAAAAGAAAACUAAAAUUUACUUCAUUAGUGCAGUUCUUUAUUACGUACACAAUCUGCGCGCGUCUACUUUAGAAAUAGCAAACGUCAGGAAAUAGCACAGUUUGCUUCAAUCGUUUGUACCGGAAGGUGGCUGAAACCUUAAGUUAUUUCAUUGGCAUUUCACGAAAAAAAUAUAAAUAAAACCGUUUUGCCGUGUAAUGGCUUUUCUGCGUUCGGUAACUAAGCAAAGUGUUUAUAAAAAGUACGGUUUAUUUUUCGAUUCAUUUCAAAAUUUCGGGAAAAUCAAUUUAAAUAUCAGUCAAACCGCAUUAAAAUCAACAGCGGCAAGUAGUACCUUAGUGCAAAAUGCAACAAACGCCGUCGACAGCCAGUCUCCAAAGGACCCCCUUGACAUUAGUUUUUCCGACCCCAAGGCAGCUUUCAAAAGCAAAACCAACUGGGAACUUAUCAGGGCAUAUGUGGUGUAUACACUAUGUUCAUUCGAAUAUUUGGUUACCCAUAAUAUGAAGUUAAUGAAAUUUGCAGAGAAGGUUUUAGGGGAGAAGCUAUUCAUAAUGUUGAUGAAAGGAACAUUUUAUGGACAUUUUGUUGCUGGUGAGGACCAGAUUAAAAUAAAACCAACACUACAGCGACUUAGAUCAUUUGGAGUGAAACCCAUUCUUGACUACUCAGUCGAAGAGGACUUGUCGCAAGAAGAGGCAGAGAAACGAGAACUUGAGGCCUCAGUUCCGGAAGCAGGAGAAGAAAAGGUCGAAGGACCUCUAAAGCAGUACCAUGUAGAUAAGACAUUCGCCGACAGAAGAUACAAAGUACAGUCAGCGAGGACAUACUUCUACCUCAAUGAAGCCCAGUGCGAAAAGAACACGGAAACAUUUAUUAAAUGCUUGGAAACCAUAGCAGAGUUUCAGCAAACAUCUCAAGGCUCUACUUAUGGCACCGGGAUAGCAGCUGUUAAAUUCACUGCUUUGGGCAGACCACAAUUGUUGCUUCAACUUUCUGAAGUAAUUAUGAGAGCAAGACAGUAUAUGACCGAGAUUGUUGGAGGUGAAGGUAACGUUUUGUGUCAUCACAUGAAGUAUGAAGAUUUGGAGGCAAAAUUCGAAAAAAUUCAGGAUAAAGAAUCUUUACGAAAAUUUCUGAAGCAAGUUACAUACGAUAAACAAGGUGUUCUCCACUUAUUCCCCUGGUCGGGUAUUAUUGACGAGAACCAAGAGUUGAGUACUUCCUUCAGAGUUCCAGACUUAAAGUCAGGAAGAAUGAUCAGGCUAUUAACACAGCUAUCACCAAAGGAAGAGGAGAUGUUUAGAAAUAUGGUUAGGAGAUUUAAUACCAUUGUGAAAGCAGCACAGGAAAUGGAUGUUAGGAUAAUGGUUGACGCAGAGCAAACAUAUUUCCAACCAGCAAUUACCCGAAUUACUCUGGAAUAUAUGAGAAAGUACAACAAACAAAAAGCGAUAGUAUUUAAUACUUACCAAUGCUAUUUGAAAAAUGCGUUUGAUGAAGUUUCAACUGAUUUGGAACAAGCAAAACGUCAAGACUUCUAUUUUGGAGCUAAACUCGUUCGGGGAGCAUAUCUCGAACAGGAACGAGCCAGAGCAGCCGCAAUGGACUACCCUGAUCCAACUAAUCCAGAUUACGAAGCUACAUCCGAGAUGUAUCAUAAAACCCUUUCAGAAUGUUUGAGGAGGAUAAAGGCCUUCAAGCAAAAAGGAGAAGACAAGAAAAUCGCUAUAAUGGUAGCUUCUCACAAUGAAGAUACCGUGCGAUUUGCUAUUAGAAAAAUGGAGGAAUAUGGGGUGGAACCCAAAGAUAAAGUGAUAUGUUUUGGACAAUUGUUUGCUAUGUGUGAUUAUAUUACUUUCCCAUUAGGUCAAUCUGGAUAUUCAUCUUACAAAUACAUCCCCUACGGACCCGUAAAAGAAGUAUUACCGUAUUUAUCUCGAAGAGCUCACGAAAAUAAAGGAGUAUUAAAGAAAAUUAAGAAAGAAAAGAAAUUACUUGCAAGCGAAAUUCUUAGGCGCUUAUCUAGAGGUCAAUUAUGGUAUACACCUAAAGGAAAUUAUGUUCCCAUAUAAACACUAGAUCUCAAACACAGCAACCAUAAAACUACCAUGGUGGUUUUACCUAGUUUUGCGACUUACCUACCCGUUUUGUAGAUAACUAGUUGACAGACAAAUAAAGCUAAUGUCGUUACAGAAAAAUCUGCGUGACAAAUUCCAAAAAUUUAACAUCAAUUGGCCUAAGUAUAAAAUAAACAGUCCCUAUAUUUUUACAAACAUGUAAAUAUAAAAGAAUAAAGGUCAUUUUUAUUACUGUCUGAUAACGGAAAGAAAAGACUGUGUUUGAUAAUAUUUUCAAAUGUCAUUGCCUUAAAAUAUAUAACGAAGGAAUGUUUUAAGCCAUGAAUUCAAAUCAAAACAUUUUAUUAAAACAGAUAAAUUGAUAAAUGAUCUGUUUUUAGGGUAUCUUAUGAUUGCAUAUUAAAGGGAACCUCGUUUGUUGAUUUGCUGAUUUUUAUUUCUAAAUUUAAUUUAUAGUUAGAAAUAAAAAUAAUUUUAGUUUAUAUGUUAUUUAAUAUAUUUAUUAGGAUUGUGAUUUUUGUGUUGAGGUUUAUCGAUGAUUAUUGUAGAGAAAGGACUUAAAUGUCUAAUUUGUUUUUAACUACGUUAACUAUUUGUUUAUCUGUAUAGUACCGUUGUGAAGUAGAUAUAUAUUUUUUUUAUUUUGACUAACGAAAAACACAUUUUAAUAUAGAUGAGUGUCUGGUGAUAUUACUGUUGAUUUGAUUACUACUUUAAGUUAAAAUUUUAUUUGAUUUCCAGUAACCGGAUUUGAAAAGUAAAGUUACGAAAAAAAAAGCAAAAGUAUAUUAAGUUCAAAAACCUUUCACAUGUCACUUUAUAUGUCAAAAUUAGAAAAAGUAGAUUCGUUAAGUUCCUUACAGUAUUAAAUAGGUAUUGUUCGUCAUAAUUUAUUAAUAAUUGUUACAAUGUAAUAUUUUUUUAUAUUCCCAACGUGUUAUUAGUUAUAAAUCUGUAUUUUUAAUUGUUUUGUUAAAUUUUAGAACAUGACACCUAU